UUCAGUAAGUUAGCAAAAUGUAAAAUUAGCCUGAUCACUUCAUAUACCAUUCACAUACCCUAGCAUUGCCAGCUAGGGAAUUUAUGUAGAAGAGAAGAUCUCAUUUACAAUUGCCAAACAAAACAGACCUAAGCAUAACCAAAUGGAAAAAAAAAUGUGCAAAGCCUCUAUAAAGGAAAAGAGUAAAAUUGCAAAAUGAUACAAAAGUACAGUUGAAGAAAUAUAAAGACAUAUAUGCUCUUUGAUAGCAAGAGUUAAUGACAUAAAAGUGGCAAUUCUACUAAGUUAAUUUAUACAUUUAACAUUGUCCCUGUAAUAUUUGGAGUGCUGGUCAACCUUUAUAAAGGCAAAGUACCACUGGGUAUCUCACAGUCUCCUGGCUCCCACAUGUACAUUUAAAUAUGACCACUCCAUAUAGCAUGGUAUUAUCCUCUUUGAAAGACGUUUCAAGAAUCAGCAAACAGAUCUUUCUAAAUUACCAUCAAAAUCAUACCAUGUAGGCUUAAGGCUGCUAAAGUAAAGAAGUCCAAUGCAGUCCUUAUGGUUGACUCAAUAAUUAAAACUGGAGUGGCUGAUGAAAUUCCCCUGUGUUACCUUCUUUUAUUAUUAGAGCUUAAGGAAGAGAGAGUGAAAUCCUUAGGGGAUGACAGUUCACCAAGUAUUUGGGUCUCCUGUGAAUGCAGAAAGUAUUUCAUCAUACUUCUUCUGAGGAUUAUUUGUGAUUGAGACUUAAAUACCUCCCGCACCCAGAAACAAAGGUGGGGUGGGCAAGCAGCCCAGAGACAACUACUAGAAUGACUCACUGUUUUUGGAUACUUCUGAGAAUAUUUGUUCAGUGAAAUCCAACAGGAGAAGAGAAGAGAAGACAUUCAACCUCUUACCAACAGGUAGAAAGCAGGUCAAGUCACAAAAAAAGGAAGGAACUCUCAAAACGGCUUCUCUUUACUGAUUAAGUGAGGUGGUUAAAUGCAUAGAUCAGGUCAUGCAUUGGUACCAUAUGAAAAAUGACCUCAGAGCAUCAAGGUCAUUGGAGAAGCAGAAUUUGCCAUCCCCAAGACACUAAUAACAUCUUCUAUUUAGACUGGGCACCUAGUGAAGUUGCACAACCAUCACCUAUAAGUUGCCACAUGAGUCCAAGAGCCUAAUCACUGGGAAGAUUUUUAAGGAUCACUCCAAACAAUAAACCAAAUCAAGGCACACAUAAAAUUGAAAAGAUGAAUAAAGAAAACCAUUCAGUGGUGACUGAGUUUAUCUUCAUGGGCAUCACACAGGACCCUCAGCUUCAGAUUAUCUUCUUUGUGAUCUUCCUCUUGGUCUAUCUGGUCAAUGUAGUGGGGAACAUUGGUAUGAUCAUCCUGAUUAUAACAGACACUCAGCUUCACACACCCAUGUACUUUUUCCUCUGCAAUCUUUCAUUUGUUGACCUGGGCUACUCCUCAGCCAUUGCUCCCAGGAUGCUGGCUGAUUUCCUAACAAAACACAAAGUUAUCUCCUUCUCCAGCUGUGCCACCCAGUUUGCUUUCUUUGUAGGUUUUGUGGAUGCUGAAUGCUAUGUCCUGGCUGCCAUGGCCUAUGACCGUUUUGUGGCCAUCUGUCGACCCCUCCACUACAACACUCUCAUGUCUAAGCGAGUCUGUUUGGUUCUCAUGCUGGGCUCUUACCUGGCUGGUCUGGUGAGUUUAGUAGCUCACACUUCCCUCACCUUCAGUUUGAGUUAUUGUGGUUCCAAUAUCAUCAACCACUUUUUCUGUGAAAUCCCACCACUCUUGGCCCUCUCUUGCUCAGACACCCGCAUCAGUGAGAUCUUGCUCUUUAGUCUGUGUGGCUUCAUUGAAUUCAGCACCAUCCUCAUCAUCUUCAUCUCCUAUGCCUUCAUCCUCAUUGCAAUCAUCAGAAUGCGCUCAGCUGAGGGCCGCCUUAAGGCUUUCUCCACCUGCGGGUCUCACCUCACUGGAGUCACACUUUUCUAUGGCACAGUCAUGUUUAUGUACCUGAGGCCAACAUCCAGCUACUCUCUGGACCAAGAUAAGUGGGCCUCUGUAUUCUACACUAUAAUCAUACCCAUGUUGAAUCCCUUGAUCUACAGUUUACGGAACAAGGAUGUGAAAGCCGCUUUCAAAAAACUAAUUGGGAAAAAAACUCAAAAAUGAAAAUGUGUUAUCACAGAUAAAUGAUGGUGAUAGAAAAUGGUGGCAGAAGAUCAAAAAUGCAAAUAACUUCCAAUAAACACUACCUAAGUUACCAUCCAUUUGUUGAGUGAAUCUUAAUUUUGAACGUUUUCUGUAACCCUUAACUUUAUUUAUCUGAAGGAAAUAGAAAUUAGUAUUUUUGAAAAA